AUGGCUUUGGUAGUCGAAAAAUCCGUGUUCAGCUCGGGCGGUAAGACGUCGGUACAGUUGUCUCCCGAUGGUAACCAUCUUUUCGCAGUCAACAAGCAUGGCCUGACAAAAAUCUUGCCGUUAAAUGCGCCCGAUGAAGAACCAGAAGUGCUAGAGAUUUGUUCGAACCCGACUUCUUUGAGCCCUCUCUCACCUACCAGUUGCAUUGUCACGUCCUUGAAGGGCGAUGUGCAUAUGUAUGGGUUGCAAGAGGGGGAUUACAAGCUCCUGCAUAGAUCUACACUACCCGAGCGAGACUGUGCUCUAGCGCAUAAUGGUAAAAUGGCCGUUAUUGCAGGCGACGAUCUUGAAAUUGCGGUUCUUGAUCUGUCGCAGGACGCGAAAAGAGGCAAAAUGCAGACGGAAGACCAGGUUUCGAAUGUGACUUACAAUGGCGUGAUGAGUAUCUUGGCACUUUCAUUUGUAAACGGUGAUGUACAAUUUCUCUCCAUGGCAUCUGCAGAACCGCAUCACAUUCACAAGCUCGAGAAGUACCUUGCUCCGAGAUUUUUUAACGACGACUUCGAUUCUCAGGCCAAUGGAGAUUCUGCCCAAACUAACGACGAGUACGAAGACCCCGAGUACUGCGACGACAACAGAAUCUCAACAAAAGUUGAAUGGCACCCCAGAGGUCAGCACUUGGCAAUGCCAUGCAAUGAUAAAUCCGUCAAGAUAUUCAACAUCGGCGAGUAUUCCCUUAUGAGGUCCUUAACUUCGCCAGUCGCAUCAAAGUCGCUUUUCACAGAUCUCAAGUACAGUCCCCAGAGUGGAGAAUUUCUAGCGGCCAUAGAUCUGAAUAACCACCUGGUUGUAUGGAGAGUCGAGACCGGAGAUGUCGCAUUUUCUAAAGACCUUGGCUAUAAAACUACGAAUUUGUGCUGGCGACUACAACCAGAUGAUCACCUCGAUAUAAUACUGGGCACCUGGGCCGGUGACAUUGUCACAAUCAAAAACGUGGCCAAAAAAUCACCACAAGUAAUUGACCAGCUUGGAGGGCUUUUCGUCUCGUCCGAUGAAGAAGAAUCUGGAUUCGAAGCUACGAAAGCUCUCAACGGCAAAGCCGAGAAUAAUGACAAUGAAGAAGGUAGCAGAAACUCUCAAAAUCUUUUUACAGAUGAAGAAGAUGUAGCUGCCAAAGGUACGCGAUUUCAUUACGAUGAUGAUAAUUUUAUAGAUGACGAUGACGGCGCCGGUUACGUUAAUCCCAAAAAACGCAAAAAGGACCACGCCCUCCCUACCUUGGUUCCAACAACAGUAUCAACACGGAAUACCAAAUUUCGUUAUAGGCCCUUUUCACCAGGCGCUACUCCAUUUGGCACCUCAGACAGACGAUAUCUCACUAUGAAUACCAUUGGUUACGCAUGGUGCGUACGGGGAGAAGAAGGAUACGCUUCGUCGCAUAAUACUAUCACCAUAUCCUUCUUUGACUUGAGUCGUUUCAAGGAAUAUCAUUUUGAGGACUUAACCGGUUAUGACGUUUGCUCAUUAACCGAAAACGGUGCUCUAUUUGCGCAAUCUAAAUUGGGCAUUCUCCACUACAGGCAACACAAUCAAUUCACUGCGAACUGGACUAAAAAGAUCCCACUUCAGGAAUCUGAACGAAUAACCGCCAUCGCAGCUACAGCUGAAAAAAUGAUUGUAGGUACCUCUUUUGGGUAUUUGAGAACUUUCAAUAGUUAUGGGGUUGCUCUUGGAAUUGAAAAGAUGUCCCCAGUUGUUGCUGUCGCGGCACAAGGCUACAGGAUUUUCUGUGUACAUUUUUCUCCAUAUCACGGCUUGAGUUAUUCCCUGUUUGAACAGCAUCCUGAUACUGGAGACCACUUUUUUGCCAAGGAGAGUUCCCUUCCGCUAACCCUACCUUCUGAAAUAGAUAAUGGUGACGAAUUCGGCGAAACUUUCCCCAAUUUUAGCCCUCUAGGAUUGAAAAGUGUCUUUUUCUCCACUUAUGGAGAUCCCUGUGUGUUUGGUGCCGACGACGUGCUUCUUGUCUUGUCGAAAUGGCGAAAUACAGUUCAGACGAAGUGGAUCCCUCUCAUGGAUUCGAGCUUUGAGGUGUGGAGACGUUCUGGCGGUAAAAACGUCGAUGACGUUCGCGUCUGGCCACUUGGUCUUACACAUCAUAUUUUAAGUCACAUUUUGGUCAAAGGACGCAAUGCCUGGCCGGAUUUUCCUCUUCCACUGCCGUCUGAGAUGGAAGUGAGGAUACCCGUUAUAGUGAAAGAGAAAGAAGCAGCAUCUCAACCUGACAACGCCGAGGACGUCAAUUUACCGUCAGAUGUAGUUGCCGAAGAAGAAUUCCUCAGAUCUCGUAUUCUAGGUGAAUUGCUUGCGGAUACUUUGGAGCAUGACGGUCAAUUGUACGGGGAUGAGGACAGAGUUCUUAACGCACUUGCAGGGGCAUAUGAUAAAUCGUUACUGCGUUUAUUUGCAUCUGCGUGUUCCAGUCAGGACGUAGGAAAAGCCUCUUCGUUGGCGAAAGAAUUGAAGCAGGACAAGGCCCUAACGGCAGCAAUUAAAAUCGCAGAACGCGCAGAAUUAAUGACGCUGGUAGACAAAGUGAGGGCAAUGCAAGAAGCAAGAUUUGAAGAACAACUAAAUUCACGUGGUUGA